AGUUUCAUUUAAACUCAAGGUGAAACAAUUUGUCGACAAAUUGAAGUUUGGUAACAAAUGAAACCUUUACAUUAACAAUUGAACUGGUUUUAAAUGGCUUCUAAGCUAUGGAGCGUUAGAACAGCACUUCAAUUCCUUCACAGGACAUCGAAGUCCAAAGAAACCCAAGAACAACAACGAGACGAUGACAACUUAGUUGCUAAAUUAUUUUAUCAACCUAACUCAUACGAAGUACCAGAUCCAAGUGAUGAAUUUAUUGAUUGCGGCCCAUCUCCACCUACAGAGAAUCUGCCUUUGAUUUGGGAUACCUACGAAGUUCCAGAAAAUGGAAACGAAGUUAAAAUAUGCUAUCAUACCAUCGAGCAAAAUAUUUUGGAGCAUAUGAGUAACGCUUAUGGAAGAAUAAGUCUUUUAGAUGAAAUUAGUUCCAAAAGAGUAGAUUCCAAAAAUAUAGUGGGUGUGUUUUUUGGAGCAUCCCACAUAGAGUUAAAUAUAGCCUUUCUUUGGGCAGCGUUUGUAAAAAGAUAUGAUAUUCUGGAAAAUUUGUUAUAUCUUGGAGCUGAAAUUAAUUAUUUUGAGCCUGCUCAAGGUCUAAGUGCACUACACUUAGCAGCUUUCAGCAACUGCAUUAGCGGUAUGCAGUUUUUAAUAUCCAAAGGCUGCGAUAUAAAUGCUUUAUAUAAAUUUUAUACACCCUUACAUUGCGCUGCGUUUGGAGAUAGUAUCGAGGCAACUUUAUUUCUUAUUAGGCAUGGUGUAAAGAUUGAUCAGUUCACUAAUACAAUUUAUGAGGAGAACGAAAGUGCUUUGCACUGUGCUGUACGAGCUAAUUCCAUAAAUUGUGUAAAAAUUCUUAUUUGUCAUGGUGCAAGUGUUGAUUGUAGUGAAUUUUCACCAAUACAUCUAGCUGCCGACUUAGGAAAUUAUGAAUGUAUUAAAUAUUUAUUAGAUGGUAAAGGAGCUAACGUAAAUAGUAAAACCAAAGAACAAGAGCAGACUGCUUUGCAUUUAGCAGCAAUUAGAGGAAAUCCAGAAUGUAUCGAGGUUUUGCUGUCAAAGGGUGCUAACGCAGAUUGUAGAGAUUACACAGGCCAAACUCCAUUACAUUUAGCAGCAAGAGCAAAAGAUCACACAUCAGUAGAGUUACUAGUUAUCACUGGGAGAGCUAACCCCAAUAUUGAGGAUUACGAUCAAAGAACUCCCGUUCACGCUGCUAUAGGAAAAUCUGCUUGGUCUAGUAAAAUUAUUCAAACGCUGGUAGAAAAUGGAGCAUAUCCAAACGUUGAAGAUCAGUAUGGUUAUACUCCCCUUCAUAUAGCUGCCUUAAGGGGUUUGGCUGAUUGCGUCGAGACGUUAAUCAAUUAUGGAGCAGACGUUACUUUAAAAACAAAAUGUGGCCACACGCCUUUAAGUAUUAUCAAAAAAAAAGUGCCGAUUGCUUUUGGGGUUUUUACAAAGAAACUUGAUGACGCUGUUACUUUAUAUAAUACCGAUUCAUUAAGCAACGAACCCGAACUUAGAUUAGAUUUUAGAGUAAUUUUGCAACCCAAUCAUGAAGGUGAAAUGAACUUUCUAUAUACUUUAGUUGAAGAAGGUUACAAAACAGUUUUACUUCACCCCAUUUGUGCAGCUUUGCUUUACGUAAAAUGGCAGAAGAUAAGAAAGUAUUAUCUAGCUAGAAUAUUGUUUUAUGCUGUAUUUAUGUUGGCUUUAUCGUUAUAUGUACUUACAGCUCUAUCUCAUUACUGUUAUAAUUAUGGUAACAAUUUUACAGACAUGAAACCAGAGGAUGUGAUAGAGCUCUGCGAGAAAAACUCUAUACUAGGAAGAGUGCUACGAGAUAGUCCAUUUGUAAUGGAAAUGCAAUGGUUUUUCUUGGUAGGUCUUACAUCUCUGGAAAUCAUUAGGAAACUAUAUGGGAUCUAUGGAUAUACUUCUGUGAGACAAUAUUUAUCUUAUCCGGAAAAUAUUCUGGAGUGGUGGGUAAUCUCUAGCGUAUUCGUUAUUUCUUGUGUUUAUACUCGCCGUACAUACCUUUGGCAAAAUCAUAUUGGAGCGUUCGCUAUACUUUUGGGAUGGACAAAUAUUAUGUUGAUGAUCGGUCAGCUGCCAGUGUUUGGCAUUUACAUAGCCAUGUAUACAAGGGUUCAAAGUGAAUUUGGUAAACUUCUGUUUGCAUAUUCUGGUUUACUUAUUGGAUUUACAUUGAGUUUUUGUGUUAUAUUUCCAGACUCUAAUUUUUUUGCCAAUCCAUUUAUUUCUUUAGUAACGAUCAUAGUGAUGUUAUCUGGAGAGUUAAAUUUAGAUAUUUUAGUUGACGAUAAUCCAGACAAUCCUCACUACUUAUUGGAAUUUAGCGCUCAGGUUACGUACAUCAUAUUUGUGAUAACUGUAACAAUUAUCCUGAUGAACCUGUUGGCAGGUAUAGCUGUAGAUGACAUUAAAGGUUUGCAAAAGACUGCUACUCUUUCCAAACUUGUUAGACAGACUAAAUUAAUAUCGCAUAUGGAAAAAGGUUUAUUUAAUGGCAGCCUUCCUAGGUAUAUUUUAGAACAUUUGCAUGUAUCGGCUUUGGUAUCACCGAAACCUUCCAGGGUAGUUCUAAAUAUUAAACCUUUAAAUCCCAAAGAGACUCGUUUACCGAAAGAUAUAAUUAGAGCAGCAUUUAAAGUUGCUAAACGACAAACAGAUUAUUUUUCGGGUACUCCAGAUACGCCCGUUGAUGACUACUAUUGGUUUAAUAAUGACAUUACAAAAGACCACUGCUGUCUUGAUAAUAAACCUUUGCUUGGACUGCAAGAGGUCAUGAAAAGAAAAACCGUUGAGAUAGAACAUCUUAAGGCGACUAUUCAAGAAAUGAAGCAAGCAUUAGAAGCAAAUCAGGAAACCAUGCAGCAAUGCAUGAGAAUUUUUAUAAAUAAUAGAAGAGGAAGUCGCUUUUGAAUCUUGUACGGAAUAAACGUUGAUCAACAUGAAAUUUUAGAAUAAAAUUUUUAUAAGAAGACAAGCUUUACGGCCUUUACGGCCAUUUUACGUAAACGGCCGUUUUGACUACAUAAAGUGUAUUCCUAAAUCGGUUUUGGAAGAUAUAAGUUAUAAACCAGAUGUGGCUAAAGUUUUAUCCCUUGUGACCAUUCAUUUAGAAAGAAAAGAAAACAAAUAAUUAUAUUUUUUAUUGUAUCAAGAACAAUUAGUUUUAAUAAAUUAAAAAAACUACAAUGUAAAGACAAAAUAAACAAAAAAUUUCAAUAAAUAAAGAAAUAAAUAUGUUUUUUGUUUAUUUUUUUUUAAUACAAUGCUUAUUAAAUCUUUAAUAUGUUGCUUGUGUAAGUCAAUUUCAAAUAGAUAAAAAAUAAGUAAGAAUAA